GUGAGAACAUCCAGGACAUCAUCCCUCUGCUGCCAGCCCAGGAUGAUUACUACCUCUUGAAAUGGCUCCGAGCCAGAUGCUUCAAUUUGCAGAAGUCCGAAGCUAUGCUCCGGAAGCAUGUGGAAUACCGGAAGCGCAUCGGGGCCGAUAGCAUCGCAGAAUGGAAGGUCCCAGAGGUGAUUGAGAAAUACAUGACCGGAGGAAGGUGCGGUUUCGAUCGGGAAGGCAGCCCCGUUUGGUACGACAUCGUCGGGCCGCUGGACGCUAAAGGCCUGCUCUUCUCGGCUUCCAAGCAAGAUCUGCUGAAAAAAAAAUUCAAGGACUGUGAAUUGAUGCGGGUAGUGUGUGACCAGCAGACCCAAAAGCUGGGGAGAAAGGUUGAAACUAUCACGAUGAUUUACGAUUUUGAAGGACUGGGCUUGAAGCAUCUCUGGAAGCCAGCUGUCGACACCUACUCAGAGCUCCUUGCGAUGUUUGAAGAGAACUACCCUGAGUCCUUAAAGCGUAUAUUUGUGAUUAAAGCCCCCAAGCUGUUUCCCGUGGCGUACAACCUGGUGAAGCACUUCUUGAGCGAAGACACUCGGAAGAAGAUUGUGAUCUUGGGAGCUGACUGGAAGGAGGUUUUACAAAAACACAUUGACCCCGAGGAAUUGCCCAUGGAGUACGGGGGAACCCUCACGGACCCAGACGGAGAUCCCAAAUGUAAGACCAAGCUUAACUACGGCGGUGAAGUCCCCAAGAAAUACUACAUGCGAGACCAGUUGAAACAGCAGUACGAGCACGUGGUGGUGGUGAACCGGGGGUCCUCGCAGCAAAUGGAAUACGAGAUCCUCUUUCCGGGCUGCGUCCUUCGAUGGCAGUUUAUUUCCGAAGGGGCUGAUAUCGGUUUUGGCGUCUACCUGAAGACUAAAGUGGGAGAACGUCAACAUGCCAGUGACAUGACGGAAGUGAUCCCCAACCAGCGCUACAAUGCGCACAUGGUGCCUGAAGAUGGCUCGCUGACCUGUGCAGAUGCGGGUGUCUACGUCCUGCGAUUUGACAACACCUACAGCUACAUCCACGCCAAGAAGGUCAGCUACACUGUGGAGGUCCUUCUUCCGGACAAGAAGUCAGAAGAGCAGUUUAAGCACUUGGAAGAGCAGACCAAGGAGCUCACAAUUAACGAUGCCUGAUGGAGCCCUUCGCCCGCCCCCCCACGUGGGGGAACAUCCUUCCUCCCCGAGCCGGAGGGGCGUUUAUUGGGCAAGGAAGCAAGAAGACUCUUCCAGCGUAAAGUUUGGGGGGGCGGUUUGAAGGCACUGUGGGGGAUAAGGGCUGGUAUCCAGAUGAUUUUCGUCUUUGGGCAGUUGACGACCUAUUGACCCACCCACACCCCCUCCCACUUUUACAGCUGAAUAACUGCCCCUACAGUUUUAGGGUUUUGGACAAUUGCUGGAGCAAAACGAGGGAGAAGAGGCUUUUGCAUGGCCUGCGUUUGGAUCCUCUGCUUUCUUGCCCUAGUUCGGUACCACUUCAGACGGUCAGCCUGGCCAAAGAGGGUUGCGAUGGCUUGCCUUUGUGUUCACACAACACUUGAAGACCUUCUUCAGAUCUUCAAGUCGAGUAGAUGUGUAGGAGGGGGGCGUGAAGCCGUCCUUCACUGGAUCAGACCAAAUUUCCCUUCUCCCCAUGCAAUAGCUCCACCUCUCCGUCCAGUGUCUGUCUCCACUUCCCAACAGGCAGGGGUACACUUCCUCUGCACAUGGAGGUUCUACUUAGCCACAAGAGCCUGUCUUCCAUGAAUGGUUUUUUAGCCCUUCCCGCCCCUCCUCAUCACCCCCUUCUUUUUUUUUCUCUUCAAGUCAACCCUAUUUACAGGCCUUCCACCGACUCUUGCAACGGGUUUGGUACAUUCACAGCGUAUUGAGGAUUUCCUUGCAGAACAGAAAAAAGCACACGUCCCCCGCCUCCUCGGGCUUUUCAGGCACCCCUUCGGCUUUUUCCCUGCUUGUCGCCGGAAUUCCAAGAAGAAGGGUGUCCUCUGAACCCACCCCUCGACCAACAAGCAACAAUUGUACGGUGGGAGGAGGGGGGGGAAGAACAGCCCAUUUCUUCCCUGUUUACAGCUGGCUUUCCCCACCCUGUGGUUUUGCUGCUCAUCGAUUGCCUUAAACAGUUUAACCCAUGUUUACUUUGCUGGCCGAGGUGCCCCCGUGACCUCUGAACCGUGGCCCACUUGCCACCUCCGGCACGGCUCGAAUGCUGGAAAAUCCUGCACCAGAAUUAAGAUCAUACGGUUGGUGCAAGCACUUGUUUUGCUUCCUGUUCAGUUCCUCCACCCACCCCACCCCACAUGUCUUGGGAAGCCGGGCGGCGGUUUCAUGCGUGCCUCCAGGAAGUUCAGAGAUGGAGAGAAGGUGGGACAGAGGCUUCCCUGUUUCAGGCUUCUUGUCGAGUGUUUUGGGCACUUUCGGAAACCAGCAGCCGGAUUCAUCUCUGCCCCCCCACGGCUUGCCCAUGCUUCGCGCAUGGCGAGACCAUACCCCUGUGGCGGUACGGUUCGGAAACAGCAUCAUAGCGCUUGGGAGCCCCCGUUCGUCCUUGUUUCGUCCUUGAACUUGAAAAUGAGAAGUUUGAAUAAAGGUUCGAUAAGA